CCAACUGGCAGUCAUAUGAACUAAACCUCCCAACUCACCUAACUCCAUUUAAUAUUCUCUCCAAAGCUCCAUAUAUUAUAACAAAACAUUAACUGUACUUUCUCUUUUCCCUCUUCACUUUUGCAUUUGUGAAAGCUUUCACACAAUCAUAUAUAUAUAUUGGCCACACAGUCCAAACUUUCCUCUUUGCAACUCCAACCUAGUUUCAACCCACAGUCAAGAAAAAAGCUGGUUUUAAUUAGUGCUUUUCAUAGAACCCAAGCUCUUCUUUUCAUGUACAUGUCCCAAAAACAGAACAAAAGCAACAAUACCAUACUGGCAAGCGCUAAGAUUCUUGUAGCAAACCAACCUUUCAGUCUGUCAAAUGGGCUCUCUUAUUUUCUCUCUUACACUCACAAUCCUGUCAUUGGUUUCGUUUUCAUCGAUUACAAUCGAAGCUCAAGGAAUCAAAUCAGCUCGCCUCCUCGAUCUUCUCAUCAGAGAUUACACGUUCCAAUCAUAUAACAACAAGUACUAUUUCAAGACAGGAAUGUUACACACUGUAAAGUUACCCGCGAAUCUUUCUGGCAUUGGAGUCCAUACAGGGAAAUUUCGAUGUGGCAGUCUUCGAAGGUACGGUGCUCAGCUCAAUGAAUUUCAUUUGGGUAUUGGUGUGAUUGUUCACCCGUGUGUUGAGAGAGUCAUGAUAGUUAGGCAAAACCUCGGAUUUAACUGGUCUUCUAUAUACUACGAUAACUAUGAAUUAUCAGGAUAUCGCCUUGUAUCGCCUGUUUUAGGCCUAUUGGCUUACAAUGCCGGUGAUGAUAUGAAUUUUAGUAACCCUUUUGAGGUUGGAAUUUUAGCAGAUGAUCAAAAUCCCAUUACUAUAGAUUUCAGCAACACUACAAUGCUGAUCAAUAACACGAUGGGGCUAAUACCGGUGUGUGCUAGAUUCGAGCAUGAUGGGAAGGUUGCUCUGGCGAAUCAAGUGUCGCCAAGUGUCUGCGCUGCAACGGGGCAUGGGCAUUUUGGGCUGGUGAUUGAGUCUCCAUUGAUGCCGGAUAGGAAGAAAGUGAGUGGGUGGAAAUUGGCGAUUGGGAGCUCGGUUGGAGCUGCAUUGGGAGCUUUUCUUUUGAGUUUGCUUUUAAUUGCUCUUUUUGUUAAGGUUAAGAAGAAAGCAAGAAUGGAGGAAAUGGAGAGGAGGGCUUACGAAGAGGAAGCUCUGGAAGUGACAAUGGUUGGACAUGUUCGGGCUUUUACAGCACCUGGUACUCGAACACAACCUGUAAUUGAACAUCAGUACAGACCUUCCUCUUGAAUUUCUUGAUUUUUUUUUUGGCUGUAGCAUUCUUUUUGUAAGAUUUUAGAUGAACACAAUGUUUUGGUUCAUUAAUUAAUUAGUACAAUUCAAUUGUUGACAAUCUGUUUUUAGAGAUCUGUCCAUUUCAUUGGAUUUUUUUCUUCUUCUUCCAAAUGCAGGAAAGAUAGAGAUCAAAGUAUUUCUUUUUUUUUUUUGAUGUUUGAAGGAAUUUUAUUUUAUAUACAAACUAAUUGUAAGAGGCAAAUU